AUGGCCCAAGUUUUCAAUAAUCAGCGUUCUGAUACGUUGUUUCUAGAUGGUGAGAAGAUUUCAGGAGACGAUAUUCGCAACCAGAAUGUUUUGGCAGCGUUAGCGGUGGCAAAUGUGGUCAAGUCAUCUUUAGGUCCAGUUGGAUUGGAUAAGAUGUUAGUUGAUGAUAUUGGUGAUUUUACUGUUACGAACGAUGGUGCUACGAUACUGUCGUUGUUGGAUGUGCAGCAUCCAGCAGGGAAGAUUUUGGUUGAUUUAGCUCAGCAGCAGGAUCGUGAGGUUGGUGAUGGUACGACAAGUGUUGUUAUUAUUGCUUCUGAGUUGCUCAAACGGGCCAAUGAGCUUGUGAAGAAUAAGAUCCAUCCUACUACUAUCAUUACAGGGUUUAGGGUCGCUUUGAGGGAGGCCAUUAGGUACAUUGAGGAAGUGCUAUCGCAACCGGUUGAUUCGUUGGGUAAGGAAACGUUGGUUAAUAUCGCAAAGACGAGUAUGUCUUCGAAGAUCAUUGGUUCUGAUUCCGAAUUUUUCAGCACCAUGGUAGUUGAUGCGCUUUUGGCUGUCAAGACCCAAAACACCAAAGGGGAGGUCAGGUAUCCUGUGAAGGCUGUGAAUAUUCUAAAGGCACACGGGAAGUCAGCUAGAGAAUCGGUAUUAGUUCAAGGUUAUGCAUUGAAUUGUACGGUGGCGUCGCAAGCUAUGCCAAAGCAGAUAAGUGGCGGUGCCGUGAAGGUAGCGUGUUUGGAUAUUAAUCUUCAAAAGGCAAGAAUGGCUAUGGGCGUUCAUAUCAAUAUCGAUGAUCCUGACCAGUUGGAAGAGAUUCGUAAGCGUGAAGUUGGUAUUGUUAUGGAAAGAGUCAAAAAAAUUAUAGAUGCUGGUACUCAAGUUGUUCUGACAACGAAGGGCAUCGACGAUCUGUGUUUAAAAGCAUUUGUAGAGGCGAACAUUAUGGCUGUUAGACGCUGUAAGAAAGAAGACUUGAGAAGAAUCGCUCGGGCUACGGGCGCUUCCUUAAUUAGCUCGAUGUCGAACUUGGACGGUGAUGAAACAUUUGAACCUAGCUAUUUAGGUACAUGCCAAGAGGUGGUGCAGGCGAAGUUUUCCGAUGAUGAGUGUAUCUUAAUUAAGGGUACGGCCAAGUAUUCGUCAUCAUCUAUUAUUUUACGUGGACCCAAUGACUAUUCUUUAGAUGAAAUGGAACGCUCGUUACACGACUCCUUGUCUGUGAUUAAGAGAACUCUGGAAAGUGGCAACGUUGUGCCUGGGGGAGGUUGUGUUGAAACUGCUCUAAACAUCUAUUUGGACAACUUUGCGACAACUGUGGGUUCUAGAGAACAGUUAGCUAUUGCAGAGUUUGCCGGUACUUUACUAAUCAUCCCAAAGACUCUCGCUGUUAACGCCGCUAAGGAUUCAAGCGAAUUGAUUGCAAAAUUGAGGUCUUAUCACGCAGCUAGUCAGCAGGCCAAACCUGACGAUUUGAAAAAGAAAAAGUAUAGAAACUACGGCUUAGACUUGAUCAGGGGUAAGAUUGUUGACGAGGUCAGUGCUGGUGUGUUAGAACCAACAAUUAGUAAGAUUAAGUCCUUGAAAUCUGCCUUGGAGGCUUGCAUUGCAAUACUAAGAAUCGACACGAUGAUUACUGUGUUUCCGGAGCCACCAAAGGAAGAUCCCCAUGACCACUAA